GUACAUUUGUAAACUUCCGUUUAUCAGAGUUGAUGCAAAAAGUUGCCCAACAUAAUGAAACACUUCAAACAGUGUUGUUGUUUUUUACCACAUCACCGCUAAUCACCUUAUUUUCCUUAGAUUUAUGAUUAGUAUUGACAAAAGAUUUAGGGUACUUGUUAAUACUGAACAACAUACAAAAUGAAGGGAAGGUUUAGCAGUAUUGAUUUAGCUGUCAUUAUUCAAGAGAUGAAACGAUUUAUCGGCAUGAGAGUUGUCAAUGUGUAUGACUUGGAUAAUAAAACUUACCUGAUCAAGCUGGGAAAGCCUGAUGAAAAAACUGUACUAUUGUUUGAAUCUGGAAUUCGUCUUCAUUAUACAGACUUUGAAUGGCCUAAAAAUCCUGCUCCAUCUGGAUUCUCCAUGAAACUAAGAAAACAUUUGAAAAAUCGUCGACUUGAAAGCAUUAGCCAGUUGGGCACAGAUCGCAUUGUUGACCUUCAAUUUGGCUCUGGUGAAGCAGCAUAUCAUGUAAUAUUGGAACUCUAUGAUAGGGGCAACGUUGUAUUAACUGACCAUGAAUUAACUAUCCUCUCAUUGUUGCGGCCUAGGACAGAUCAUAGCCAGGAUGUCAGGUUUGCAGUUAGAGAAAAAUAUCCAUUGAGUUCUGGCAAGGAACAUACAGCACCUACUAGAGAAAGAAUAAUGGAAAUUUUGUCAAGUGCCAAAGAUGGUGAUGUUAUAAAAAAAUUGUUACUUCCUUGUGUAGAUUAUGGGCCAGCUAUAAUUGAUCAUGUGUUAAUCAAGUCUGGAUUCUCAGAGAAUGUCAAGUUUGGUAAAGAUUUCAAUCUAGAUCAAGAUUUUGAUAAACUUAUGGAUGCAUUACAAGAAGCAGAAAAUUUAAUGUUUUCUUUAUUAUCAAAUCCUUGUAAGGGUUACAUAAUUCAGAAAGUAGACAAGAAACCUAAUCCAGGUCCAAAUGAAGAACAAGAUAUUUUGUUAUAUGAAGAAUUUCAUCCCUAUUUAUUUUGUCAACACCUAAACAAACCAGUCAAAGAAUUUGAUCAGUUUAAUAAGGCUGUGGAUGAAUAUUUUUCAAAAGUGGAGAGUCAGAAAGUGGAAGUCAAGGUCAUACAACAAGAGAAGACUGCAAUGAAAAAAUUGGAUCAUGUCAAAAAAGAACAUGAAAAAAGGCUUGAGACAUUGCAGAAGGAGCAGGAAACUGAUGUAGUCAAAGGACAUCUAAUAGAAACCAAUCUUGAACUGGUUGACAAAGCCAUAUUGAUAGUAAGGAGUGCAUUGGCCAAUCAGAUCGAUUGGUCUGAAAUCUGGAACUUUGUCAAAGAAGCUAAGGCUAGUGGGGAUCCUGUUGCCUCGUCUAUCAAAAGUUUAAAGUUGGACUCGAACCAGAUUACUCUGAUGUUGCGAGAUCGCUUUGACACAGAAGAUGAGGGUACCUCACAUAGUGAUAAAAAGAAAUUUACAAAUGUGGACAUUGAUCUUGGACUUGGAGCUUACGCCAAUGCUAAAAAAUACUUUGACAAGAAAAGGCAGGCAGCCAAAAAGGAACAGAAAACCAUUGAAGCCUCCAGUAAGGCUUUCAAAUCAGCAGAGAAGAAAACUAAACAGUUAUUGAAAGAUGUCACAAUAAUAGCCAAUAUCAAUAAAACGAGAAAAACAUAUUGGUUUGAAAAGUUCUUAUGGUUCAUCAGUUCUGAGAACUACCUUGUCAUAGGUGGCCAUGACCAACAGCAGAAUGAGAUGAUUGUGAAGAAAUACAUGGCUCCAUGUGAUAUUUAUGUUCAUGCUGAUCUCCAUGGAGCAAGUAGCUGUGUUAUUAAAAACCCAGGAGGCGGCCCCGUUCCUCCCAAAACACUGAAUGAAGCUGGCACAAUGGCCAUAUGUAACAGUGCAGCCUGGGAGUCAAAAGUGGUGACUUCUGCUUGGUGGGUCUAUCCACAUCAGGUGUCAAAAACUGCCCCAAGUGGUGAAUACUUGACCACAGGAAGUUUUAUGAUCAGAGGCAAAAAGAACUACUUACCACCAUCAUAUCUUAUAUACGGUUUUGGAUUUCUGUUCAAGUUGGAGGAUGGAAGUAUAGAGCGUCAUAAAGGAGAAAGGAAAUUGAAAAUGGCCAAUGAUGACAUUGAAGACAACGUGGAUUCUGCUAACGGUGAGGUCAUCAUUGACGAUGAUAGCGUUGAUAGCGAAGAUGAAAUUGACAUGGAAGGUCAUGACAGGGGGGAUGUCAAACCUAGCUCUCUCAUUUCCCAAACUUGUCCAAGUGCAGACCUGAAAGGUGAUAUUGAAGACAGAACACAAAGCUUAUCCUUGGAAGAUGAGGAUUUCUUGGAUAUAAAUUAUCCAGACACAAGCAUCAAGUUGGAUCAUGUCCAAGGAGAUAAUUUUGUGUUACACAGUGCAGCCAGCAGAAGUUCCUCUCUAGACCAAUCAGAUGUGUUCUUUCUUGGUGACAAUGAUCCAGUGAUACUAGGACAAAAGACUGUUAAAAAGGGAAAACUGUCAGCCAAGCAAAGAAGGGAGUUAAAGAAGGAAAAGACAACCGAGGAAGUCAGCACAGUGGAAAAAGUCAAUGAAGUGGACAAGAAACUGGACUCUGAUGAUGGACUGCAGAGCAAGCCUGAAGAUUCAAGCAACAAGAAAAAGGCAGAUGUAGUUCAGCCUUUAAAGAGAGGUCAAAAGGGAAAACAAAAGAAAAUCAAGGAGAAAUACGCUGACCAAGAUGAGGAGGAGAGAAGACUGAAGAUGAAAAUCUUAGCUUCUGCUGGUACUGCAAAAACUGAAGCAAAGAAAAGUAAAAAUGCUAAAGAAGAAAAUAAAAAAGGCAAAAAUGUCAAAGGUCAACCCACAUUCAGACCAGUGAGCACUUUGAGCCAUGAUAGUCAGAAAGACCUUCACCUUGGUGAAAACAAACAAAGUCAAGAAGACAGGACAAAAGUUGAAUUUGAGAAUGAUGUAGUAGAAAAAGUGGAUCUAGAGAGUGAAUCAAUUCAAAAAAAUGUGGAGAAACCUGUAGAUCAACAACCAUCAGAUUCUGAUGAUGAAGAAACAGAAGUCAACGUCACUCAGGAUCAACUUGUACUAGAUUCAUUUACUGGCGUCCCACACCCAGAGGAUGAGUUGUUGUAUGCAGUAGCUGUUUGUGCACCAUAUAAUGCACUUACUAACUAUAAGUAUAAAGUGAAACUAUUGCCAGGUUCUACUAAGCGAGGGAAAGCUGUGAAAAAUAUUCUAAACAUGUUUGUACAAGAUAAGUCAACGUCCAGCAGAGAGAAAUCCCUCUUAAAGGUUUUAAAGGAUUUUGACUCAACUAGAAAUUUACCAGGAAAAGUCAAAUUAGCGAUCCCAAGUGUGAAUAAAUCCAAGAAAUAAGGAUUGGAUGUGAUAAUGAUACAUUUAUUUUAUUCUUGUUGAUGCUGAAAAUGAAUAAAAAGAAAUAUUAAAAAUAAAAUGG